AUGCGCCCACACGCCCAGGCCUCUGGCUUCUGCCCUCCGAGGUUCACGACGGCCCCCAUGCCCCAAGCCCCGGUCAGUCACGGCCUCUGUCGCCUCUCGGCCUACCUGGAAGAGCUGGAGGCCACGGAGCUGAAGAAAUUCAAGCUGUACCUGGGCACGGAGGCAGAGGCGGGCAGGAUCCCCUGGGGGCGGCUGGAGACGGCGGGGCCCCUAGACACCGCGCAGCUGCUGGUGGCGCACUGCGGGCAGGAUGCCGCCUGGGCGCUGGCACUGGGCCUCUUUCAGCGCAUCAGCCGGCGGGACCUGUGGGAGAGAGGACUGAGAGAGGACCUGGUGAGGGAUAUUGCACCUGGUGGCCCGUCCUCACUGGGAAGCCAGUCAGCAUGUUCUCUCGAAGUCUUUCCUGGAGCUCCAAUAAGAGAUCCCCGGGAAACCUACAGGGACUACGUGCGCAGGAAGUUCCGGCUGAUGGAAGACCGCAAUGCGCGCCUAGGGGAAUGCGUCAACCUCAGCCACAGGUACACCCGCCUCCUCCUGGUGAAGGAACACUCAAAUCCCAUGUGGGCCCAGCAGAAGCUUUUGGACACAGGCUGGGGACCGGCGAGAACCGUGGGACACCAGGCCAGCUUCAUCCAGUUGGAGACCCUCUUCGAGCCCGACGAAGAGCGCCCGGAGCCGCCGCGCACCGUGGUCCUGCAGGGAGCCGCGGGGAUGGGCAAGUCCAUGCUCGCCCACAAGGUGAUGCUGGACUGGGCCGACGGGAGGCUCUUCCAGGACAGCUUUGAUUACGUCUUCUACAUCAACUGCAGGGAGAUGAACCAGAGCACCAUCGAGCAGAGCGCCCAAGACCUCAUCUUCAGCUGCUGGCCUGAGCCCAGCGUGCCCCUCCAGGAGCUUGUCCGAGUCCCUGAGCGCCUCUUGUUCAUCAUUGAUGGCUUUGAUGAGCUAAAACCCUCUUUCCACGACCCUCGGGGCCCCUGGUGCCUCUGCUGGGAGGAGAAGCGGCCCACAGAGCUUCUCCUUUGCAGCCUGAUUGGGAAGAAGCUGCUGCCCAAGCUGUCGGUGCUCAUCACCACCAGGCCCACGGCUUUGGAGAAACUGCACCGCUGGCUGGAGCACCCCAGGCAUGUGGAGAUCCUGGGCUUCUCAGAGGCAGAGAGGAAGGAGUACUUCUACAACGCAGAGCAAGCUGCCCAAGUCUUCCAUUUCGUGAGGGACAACGAGCCCCUCUUCACUCUGUGCUUUGUCCCCUUGGUGUGCUGGGUUGUUUGCACCUGCCUCAAGCAGCAGCUGGAGGAUGGGGGGCUUCUAAGACAGACGUCCAGGACCACGACCGCAGUAUACAUGCUUUACCUCCUGAGUCUGAUGCAGCCCAAGCCUGGGAGCCCCACCCUCCAGCCCCCGCCCAACCAGAGAGGGCUGUGCUCCUUGGCGGCCGACGGCCUCUGGAAUCAGAAAAUCCUGUUUGAGGAGCGGGACCUCCGGAAGCACGGCCUCGAUGGGGCCGACGUGUCUUCCUUCCUCAACAUGAACAUCUUCCAGAAGGAUAUCAACUGUGAAAAGUUCUACAGCUUCAUCCACCUGAGUUUCCAGGAAUUCUUCGCUGCCAUGUACUACCUCCUGGAUCCCGGGGAGGCGGGGGCCGGCCCCGAGCAGACUGUGGCCAGGCUGCUGGCGGAGUAUGGGUUUUCAGAACGGAGCUUGGCCCUCACCGUCCGCUUCCUGUUUGGACUCCUGAACGAGGAGACGAGAAGCUACGUGGAGAAGAGCCUUUGCUGGACGGUCUCGCCUCACGUCAAGGCAGAGCUGCUGCGGUGGAUCCGAAGGAAAGCUCAGAGCAAGGGCUCCACUUUGCAGCAGGGCUCCCUGGAGCUCUUCAGCUGCCUCUACGAGAUCCAGGAGGAGGAUUUCAUCCAGCAGGCACUGAGCCCCUUCCAGGUGGUGGUGGUCAGCAACAUGGCCACCAGGAUGGAGCACUUGAUCGCCUCCUUUUGCGUGAAGAGCUGCAGGAACGCCCUGGUGCUGCAUUUGCAUGGGGCCGCCUACAGCACGGAUGAGGACGAUGCGGGGAGAUGGGCCUCGGGGCCCCAGAUGCCACCGGUACAGUCAGCCGAAAAGAACCUGCUGCCCGAGGCCUACAGCAAACAGCUCGCCGGCGCUCUGAGCACCAAGCGCAACCUGACCGAGCCGGUUUUGUCCCGCAGCGCGCUGGGCAGCCGGGGCGUCAGGCUCUUGUGUCCGGGGCUCAGACAGCCCGGCUGCAAACUUCAGAACCUGAGCCUGAAGAGGUGCUGUGUGACCAGCUCUGCCUGCCAGGACCUUGCGGCCACCCUGAUGGCCAGCCGGACUCUCACGAGGAUGGACCUCAGCUGCAACGGGCUGGGGCUGCCGGGCGUGAGGCUGCUCUGUGAGGGGCUCCGGCAUCCCAGAUGCAGGCUGCAGGUGAUCCAAUUGAGGAAGUGUCAGCUGGAGGCUGGGGCUUGCCAGGAGGUCGCGUCCGUGCUCAGCAUCAACCAACAUCUGGUGGAGCUGGACCUGACGGGAAACGCGCUGCAGGGCUCGGGUCUGAGGUUCUUAUACCAAGGCUUGAAGCACCGCAUGUGCCGGCUGCGGAUCCUGCGGUUGAAGAUUUGCCAUCUCACUGCAGCGGCCUGUGAGGACCUUGCCUCCACCCUCAGUGUGAACCAUAGCCUGAUGGAGCUGGAUCUAAGCCUGAAUGACCUGGGGGACCCUGGGGUGCUGCUGCUGUGCGAGGGCCUCAGGUGUCACCAGUGCAGGCUCCAGACCCUUCGGCUGGGCAUUUGCAGGCUCAGCUCAGCCGCCUGCAAGGGUGUCUGCAUGGUGCUCCAGAUCAACCACCACCUUCAGGAGCUGGACCUGAGCUUCAAUGACCUGGGGGACGCGGGCAUGUGGCCGCUGUGUGAGGGGCUACGACAUCCCACCUGCAGGCUGGAGAAACUGUGGCUGGAUAGCUGUGGCCUCACAGCCAAAGCUUGUGAGGAUCUUUCUUCCGCCCUCGAGGUCAACAAGACCCUGAGGGAACUUUAUCUGAUCCACAACGCCCUGGGGAACGGAGGUGUCAGGCUUCUCUGCAAGGGGCUGAGUCAUCCUGGCUGCAAACUUCAAGUCCUCUGGUUGUUUGGAAUGGACCUGAACAAAAUGACCCACAGAAGGCUGGCAGCCCUUCGGCUAACGAAACCUUACCUGGACAUCGGUUGCUGA